CCCCCACCCCCGCGCGUGCGUGUGUGUCGUGGGCGGGGCUGGAGGUUUUAAACAGUGGAACUUUUCUCCGCUCCGGUCCGUCCGUCUGUCCCGCUCCGUCUCGUCUCAUCAGAAAACUCCUCUACUGUCGGUAAAAUGUUUCUCACUAAAGGUUUAAUCGGAGGCAUUUUGAACGUUGUGAGCAACUUCGACCCGUCUCAAUUCAAGCCUUCACCCCCGCCGCCUCCUCGCCCUCCCCUGCAGCGCGCCGAGGCGCAUGAAAGCGACGAGGAGAAACAGUUCCGCAGAGUUUUCCAACAGCUGGCUGGAGACGACUUGGAGGUGAGCCCCAAAGAGCUGAUGGACAUCUUGAACAAGGUCGUGUCCAAACACGGGAGCCUGAAGACUGACGGAUUCACCAUAGAGUCCUGCAAGAGCAUGGUUGCUGUCAUGGACAGCGACACCACAGGAAAACUGGGCUUCCAUGAGUUUAAAUACCUCUGGAACAACAUCAAGAGAUGGCAGGGAGUUUAUUUAAAGCACGAUAGCGACCAUUCAGGUACGAUCAGCUCCUCUGAGCUGCCAAGAGCCUUCAAGGAUGCAGGUUUCCCCGUCAACGACGAUCUCUACAAGCUGAUUAUCCGUCGCUACUGUGAUGAGAACGGCAGCCUGGACUUUGAUAAUUUCAUCGGCUGCCUGGUGCGACUAGACGCCAUGUGCAGAGCAUUUAAAACUCUGGAUAAGGAGAACAAGGGCACCAUCUCUCUGGACAUCAAGGAGUGGCUGGAGCUGACGAUGUAUUCAUGAGCCGAGGAAGAAGAGCGGUUUCUCGAACAUCUCACUUCUUCUCACAUCAUCUCUACUUGUUUCUGUAAACUCAGCAUAUUCUUGUGAAUGGGACCACACAAUUACGGCGCUACUUAGCAAAAAUGAGGUGAAACUGGGACCAGACUGGAGCUGAGGCACCGCUGGUAUCCUGCCUCCAGGUGGCGCUGCAGCCUUCCCCAUGCACAAAUAUCUACUUUUAAAGUAUUUUUGUUUUUCUCAUCAUUGAUAUCAGUUAAGAGACUCUUGUGUGUUCAAAAGAAUAAAGUGACAGAACUGAAAUAAAAA